AUGGCAUCUGAGAAUGUAGGUAGAUCAAUGUUAGAUUGGUGGUAUAUGGACAUUGGCGGCUCAAAUCACCUAACUGGAAACAAGCAAUGGUUGGUUGAUUUUGACUAUAGUAAAAGGACCAAGAUCAGAUGUGAUGAUGAUGAGUAUUUGAAUUCUAGAGGAAUGGGAAAUGUCAGAGUAAAAUUGAACAGUGGCAAAACUGUAUUGAUUAAAGAUGUAUGGUAUGUUCCUAGCAUGAAUAACAAUCUGAUGAGUGUAGGUCAGCUUAUUGAAAAAGGAUUUUCAGUAACCAUGAAGGACAAUCUAUUGCAGUUGUAUGACUGUAAUCAGAAGCUGAUUAUACAGUCUGAACUAGGAAGAAACAAAACAUUCAAAGUGAAUGUUGCAACAACAGACACUCAAUGCCUUAGUGCAAGAAGUGUUGAAGAGGGAAGUGAUUUUGUGACACAAGAGAUUGGGACAUCUGAACUACAAAAGGUAGAACUCAUAAAGUUCAAACAUGAGGUGUUUGUUGAGUUCAAGAAGUUCAAAGUGAAGGAUGAAAAUCAAAGUGAACAAAGAUUAAAGAUCCUCAAAAUUGAUGGUAGAGGUGAGUUCAACUCAACAGAGUUUAAUAAGUUAUGCGAGGAACAUGGUAUUGAGCAUGAGGUAAUUGCUUCAUACACCCCACAUUAUAAUAGUCUUUAUAAAAGAAGAAAUAGAACUCUACUUGACAUGACAAUGAGCAUGCUGAAGGAGAAGAAUCUACCUAAGAAAUUAUGGGGUGAAGUGUUCGAACAAAAUUAG